AAAAUGCUGCAGGGAGAAAUACUUUCUCAUUCAUUGCGCUGUCAACAGUCAGUCAGUGGUGAUGUCUUCUUAAAUGUUUAAUCGUAUUAAAAGUAUUGAAUAUUGAAUAAGCCACACGUUUUGCAGGGUUUCCUCUAACUGUACUUUUACGCACAAAAUAUAUAUAGCAAAAUACUGCUUGAACGGUCUCAUAGAGAAGCUCCAUUUCUACCAGGGAGAGGUGAUUGGCACAACUGAGACUAGUUGGCCAAUCAACUCUCCCUCGAUUCAGAAGGCAGCAGCUAAGCGGCCAGAAGGAGAUAUGGAGACACAGACACAUGGGGGGAGAGACACACGAGAGAGUGUUGAGAGCUUAACUGAAAAGCAAAAGAUUUUCAGUUUAGUUUUGAAUUUGAGUUUGCCCCGUGUGUUCUGAAGGAAUAAAGUACACUGAAAAGUGAAUGGUUCCUCUCUGGCUUGUAUGGUGAGAACCCUGUGGCAUCAACAUGUGCCACUAGAAGAAGUUUUGGCUAAAAGAACAACAUGUCUUUAAUUUGGAACUGUAUCGGAUACAAUAAAGAUGACCUGUUACAAACACAGGUACCAUGCAAGUCCUAACGAACACUUGUGGUAACCACCAGAGGAAACACAACUAAUCUCCAUAGCCACCUACAAGACAAGCUCAGAGAUCAGCGAACAGUGUAAGAAAUCUUCUGUAAGCAAGGCAAACCUACUCACGUUAAGUCAAGUAGCAGCAAAACAGUCCAAUAGUUUUGCAACUCCUAAUGGAAAAACCCCAAAGCGCUACAAAGAAAGAACAGAGGCAAUCUGCUCUCACUUGAUCUAAUAAACACUCAUCACAAGUUAUCAGUCCAUGAAGUAACUUACGGUUUGUUUGAUUCGCUCCAGAGUUUAUGAGACUGCAUUAAACAUCAUGAAAAAUGACUAGUGCUGUCAAUAGAUUAAAAUAUUUAAUCGCGAUUAAUCGCAUUUAUGUCAUAGUUAACUCAAAACUAAUCGCGAUUAAUCGCAAAUUUGUAUCUAUUCUAAAUGUCCCUUCAUUUAUUUUGUCCCCAUAAUUUUUUUUCAACAUGGACAAGUGGAUUGGCUUGCUUCAUGGAAAUGUUUUAUUUUAUUGAAAAACAUCAUUGCCAAACAGGGCGCUACAAAAUAAAAUUAUAAAGUGCACAUUUCAGGUAAACAAGGACUCAGCCUAUAGUGCAGUUAAACCAUGGCUUAAUAUUUUCUUUUUUUCAAGUUUGCUGUGAACAUAGCAGUCAGGCCUCUCAAACAGACAAGCAACAAAAUAACAAACAGACAAAAUACACAGGCAAGUGUCGGCCUACUUUGAAAUAAAUUAAACACCGAACUGUGUAGGGCUAUUUGAGUCCUCCCAAUAUUUGUGGGAAAUGUAUGAAAUAAGAAGUCCCUGUUUGUUAAAUAAAUAAAAACAUAUAGCUGUAGCCUAAUAGCUUAAAAAUUUAUAUUUUAGUUGGCGAAAUAUUAAAACAAAAAGCGAGAGCAGGUCAGACUGGAGACGAACACAGAUACUGAAGCUCGAUAGAAACCAACUGCAGCUUCUGCACUGAUCGAGAAGCUUCAGCGCUGAUCUCUGAUCAGCUGAGACCAGAGAAACUCUGUGUUUUCACUGUUUCCAUAGUUAAGAAGCAGUGAGUCACUGAGCUCUGAUCUCACUGUGUCUCUCUGAGCGAGUGCGCGGGUGCAGGGGGCGGGGCUACAGUGCGCUAUCUGGAACCACACAGACACACACACUCACCCGUUCCUUGUCCUUCAUGACGGCCUGAUACGAUGAUGUUUUGUUGUGACUUAGUCAACCAGCAACAUGCAAAAGCGUGUGUCAUACGGCGAAAGAGUGAGAGUUGGCAGCUCUGCGUUAAUCUCGCGAUAAAAAAAUUAACGCUGUUAAAAUGGGUUUGCGUUAACGCCGUUAAUAACGCGUUAAACUGACAGCACUAAAAAUGACUCAACAUUUUGUUCUCAGUACAACACAAGACGUGACCCAGGACUGUGCGACGCGCAGACAUGAUCCAACACCAUAAAUUAAUGACUAAACACAUAAUCAUAAGGUUUUUAUCUGAAUCAUCCCAAUAAACAAUGGAACAAACUAACGUGAACUUGUUCAUCUUCAUCUGCAUGAACUGAAUGAACUAGUUAAUUUUAGGUGUGAACUGGCACAACACUGAGUAUAACUAAAUGAAAACUUUAUAAGCUGUGUUAUCCAGACAUUUCCCAUAAAUGCAUCAGUGAAAAUAUAGCGCUUGGAUUACGUGAGGUGUUAGCCAGCAGGGAUUUACAUGAUGACCGGCAAGUGAAUAUCACCACGGACAACGGCACCAACAUUGUGAAGGCCAACGAACUCAACAACUGUGUCAGGCUUCAGGCUACAUCUGGCCAUCGGUAAGUGUGUACAUGGCUGGGGGAAUUAACCGAUCUGCUUGUCACUCUAACGAUACUGUAUCAUUUAGUCUUAGUUUUUUGCAAAUUGAAAAUGUAUGAUUAUUUGUUGAUAUUGUCGUGUAUUCGUUAGAGUAAAACAAAAUAUAAUAUAACCAUUUUGUGUGGGAGGGGACAACGGUUGAAGGGAGAGGAGAGGCUAGAGUGGACAAUACACACAUGGAAGGACACAUUUUAUUGAAGUGAUGGUGUAGGGUAGCUUAAAGAGCAAAGUGAGAUGGAUGAAAAAUGAACAGCAGAGGCUUUGUAUUGUAUAGCAUGUUGUUAUAUAACCUAUUGAUUUUAAGCUCAUGCACACACAAGCUAGACUACUAAAUGGUAGGGUGUUGUAGUCUUGCUCAAAUGUUGUAGUAUCGGUAUUAUUAGUCUUCAAUUAUUGAAGUUAUAAAACUAAGUUAUAUAUUGCAGUUGAUGUUUUUUAUAUGAUUUAAUUCAUAAUUGUGUCUUCUCCCCACUAAAGAUUAUGGCUGCAUUGCUUGAGCUACUGGGCUUUGCAAAAAGUUGACGGGACAUUUCUUCCACAGCUGGCAAUAGAAAGUGGCACAGAAAGAAGCACAGCAGGAGCACAACCUCCCAGAGCACUCGCUCAUCACAGAAUGACCCACUAGGUGAGAUUCCAGGCAAAAGAUGAUCGAAAGAGUCCUGGAGCAGCACUGGGCAAUAUCUGACAUUUUCCCCUCAGACAGAAAAUCCAGGCUUUUGGUCCUUAACUGGCAAGACAUGAAUUCAAGGCAGCUGUAUCAGCAGUGAAAAGGUCGCAGACAUAAUGAUCAGGGUGAUGUCAGAAAUGGAAGCAACAGCAUGGAAGGACAGAGGCCCCACUGACCCAGAGGCCCAGAGCACGCAUUCACCCAGUGCCACUCUGAAGAAGGCAAAAUACAUCACUGGCAGUUUCUUCAAGACAACCCCAGUCACUUCCUCAUCUUCUGUCCACCUGGAGCAAGCUGUAGAAGCUGAACAGCUAGUUGCUGUCCCCCACCCCACACAGACAAUGAGGUGGAUCCUCUGGCUUAGUGGAAGCUCCAUCCAGUCAGCCUCCCACAGCUGAGUAAACUAGGGAGUUUCUCUAUACACCUGCAAGUUGUUCACCCUCAAAGAGAAUUUUUGUAUAUCAGGAAUUGUUUGCACCCUUUACUCUACUUAAUCCCAAUUCUCAUACCCCGCCUACUCGGUAGCUUUACAUGCCCCAAAAUGUGGCUAGUCAAUUGAAUGUGUUGUUUUAUUUAACUUGACCUGUUCACCCAAUCUAUAUAUUACACCUUUUUUCUUUAAUGUUAGAUUUUUAGUGAGAUAUUGGAUGAUUUAAGCAGAGUAUUAAAGUAGAAUUUCAGAGGGUUUUAACUAGAGCUGUGAAAAAUAACGCGUUAACCCGUUAUGAUUAAAUUACAGGAUUAAUUCGUUUUUUUUACGCAUUUAACGCAUGCGCAGAAGGAACUUCCAAUUCCGCAGCCUCUGCACUAGUCGCCGCUCUAAUGCAGUCAGACGGCAGCUGCUAUUCAAACAAACAACAUGGAUAAUUCUGAUGAACCUGAGGACCUUCUGGAUGGAAAGAUCGUGUUCCAAAAAAACAAAGAUCGAACAUUCAAUAAAACCAAGGUGAUAUGCACACUCUGCGGGAAGAUGUUAUCGUUUCCACCGCAACGUGAAGCAUGCGUUGGUCAGUGAGGGGAGUUCAAGUGGAAUGCGCCAAACCAGACUCAUUCGCAGGACACAUUGUGCAAAAGAAGCGGUAAGCUUUACUGUCAGAGAAUUUGAACAAGUUAGUUUGCCUCACCAACUGGCUAAAGAACGACUAGCUAAGAGGGCCUUUAGAGGCAUUAGAUUGUGUCAUGGUGUGGUUAAUGGUUGUUUGACAAAAAAUAUAAAAAAAUUCAACCAUCCUAUAAAAAGAAUGGCUAAGAAGCCCAAAUUAUUUUUGAUUUAAAAAAAAAAAAAAAAAAAAAAAGUUUUAUUCAACCACACAAUGGCUAAGAAGCCAGAAUUCUGUUUAGGAUGAAGAUUAUAUUAAUGUUCCAUAUGGAAUAGCAAAGAGAACUGAUAAAGAACUGCUGAGUUCUAGCACCGUUGUUUUGUUUAUUGAUGAAUAUAAAAAGAAAACAUGUUAAAUGUUUUUCAGUCUUUUGUCAUAAAUCUUUUUGUUUUCACAAAAAUAUACCGAGAAAAUCAGUAAUGUGAUUAAUCAUGAUUAAUCCAUAGAAACCUGUGAUUAAUUUGAUUAAACAUUUUAAUCAUUUCACAGCCCUAGUUUUAACUACUACUUAACUACACCCUGGUGGUGGAACAGAAGUAUGAAAUAGCAUAAUAUUUAAAUACUCGAGGUACUUGAGGUACAAGUAGCUCAAACUUCUACUGGAGGACAGUUAAUCAUUAAAUGUACAUUGUGAUUUUCCACUAAUGCAUGACAGUCAUAAACCAUAUAAUUGAUUUUGGAUGACGUUUUCUGUUUAGUCCCAGUGUACAAGGCCUGUAUGAUGAAACAUAAAUAAAACAUUUAAUAGAAAGAACUCUCAAAAAACCUUUCAGUUUGUUCUGUGUCUGUCACUGUUUAUCCAUCUCUGGGGGGCAUCCCUGAUCAAAUCAUUGCCUGGUAAAGUGAAGCAGGAAGGCCAAACCCAACCAAACAACGAUCUGGACAAAUACCAACCAGCUUCCCCUGCAUAGCCUGGACUGUGGCUCAUUUCUGCAAAUUGCCUCAUGAUUAUCUAUUGUGCAAAUCACAGAUUAGAGUUACAUCAUUUGACUCUAUUCUAUCAAUUGUCUUGCUUUAUCUCAGAAUCUGUUUUAUUUCCAGUUUCAUUUGUACUUAUAUUCUCUUUGUGUUUUUACCACCUCCUCUUUGCCCAUUCCCUCUCUGCCACCCUCCUUCUCUGCCUCUCUCUCUCCCUCCCUCUUGUUUCUCGCAGGCAAAUGAUGCACGCUGCAAGCUUAGUGUGCGUGUAGUGUGAGCGAGAGUCAUUGGUGUGUGUGUGUGUGUGGAGAGAGAGAGAGAGACAUAGAUUGAGCCCCUAACACAGAGCAUGCCUCUGCGUCCGGCAGCCGGCAAACAUGAGCCACCCAGCCCUCCACGGCAGGACCAGCAGCAGCAGCAGCACACAUACUCACACACACACCCUCACACACACACAGCAAACGGCAGCCGGGGGGCCAGCACUGACAGCAGCAGCUCCCGGGAAGAGGACAGCGGCGUUCCUGUUCCUGACGGUGUUCCGGCUUUCUGUCCCGGUGCACAGCAGAGCCACAGUGCAAGAGCACCCAUGGAGGAACCCACAGGCAAUACUGUGGUCAUCCGCAUUGGUAUCCCAGACCUACAACAGACGAAAUGUAUGAAAUUCAAUGUGGAUGUUCCUAUCUGGCUGUCCAAGCAGAGAAUCCUGUGCACUCUAAACCACAGCUUGAAGGAUGUCCUCAACUAUGGCCUAUUCCAGCCAGCUUACAAUGGCAAGGCUGGCAAAUUUCUGGAUGAGGAGAGACAGCUAAGGGAAUACCCCUUUCCAUCCAUCGCCCCUGUACCUUACCUGGAGUUCCGCUAUAAAAGACGUGUCUACACUCAGACUCACCUGGAUGAAAAGCAGCUCUCAAAGCUCCACACCAAGGCAAACUUGAAGAAGUUUAUGGAGUAUGUGCAGCAGAGAAACAUUGAAAAGGUUUCAAGGUUCCUGGAGAAAGGCCUGGACCCAAACUUCCAUGAUCCAGACACAGGAGAAUGUCCUUUAACACUGGCGGCACAGCUGGAGGGAUGUGCAGAUCUCAUCAAGGUGCUGAAGAGUGGAGGGGCACAUGUGGACUUCAGAACAAAGGAUGGCAUUACUGCUUUACACAAGUCUGUGCGCAGCAAGAACCAUACAGCGCUCAUAACGCUGUUGGACUUGGGCGCAUCACCUGACUAUAAAGACAGUAGGGGGUUGACUCCUCUGUACCACAGCUCGAUGGUUGGAGGAGACCCCUACUGCUGUGAGCUGCUGCUGCACGAUCAUGCCCAGGUCGGCUGUGUGGAUGAGAAUGGCUGGCAGGAGAUACACCAGGCAUGCCGCUAUGGCCAUGUGCAACACCUGGAACAUCUGCUGUUCUACGGAGCUGACAUGAGUGCUCAGAAUGCAUCUGGAAACACUGCUCUGCACGUGUGUGCUCUCUACAACCAGGAUAGCUGUACGCGAGUUCUCCUGUUCCGAGGGGCCAAUAAAGAGAUGAAGAACUACAACAGCCAGACUGCCUUUCAGGUGGCUAUCAUCGCAGGAAACUUUGAUCUGGCUGAAAUCAUAAAAGUCCACAAAGUAUCAGACGUUGUACCUUUCAGGGAGACCCCCUCCUACACCAACCGUCGACGUAUGAUCGCUGGCCAACUGCCCUCACCACGUUCCUUGCUCCGAUCCGCGAGUGACAACAAUCUGAACGGGGACCACGAUCACAUCCACAGUCAGGCUCCCCGAGAAAUUCGAGGCCGCCAGGGUCACUCCCCUGUCCCCUCACUGCGCAGUCUGCCAGCUUUUGGGCAGCAACACAGCAGCUUUGGAGAGAGCCGUCAUGGCGAGAUGCCUGACAGCAGUCUCCAGAGUACUGGCAGCUCAAGAUCCUCCCAUUCACGUUCGCCUUCACUACACCACAUGCAUGAAGAGGACAAGCCGAUUCCCAGAAGGUCCCACAGCCAUGGCUACCCUCACGGACACGGCCCUCGUGGAAGACUCAGCCCCGGCUCGGUGCAGCGAGAUCCGAGCCCCCCUCAUCACACACCUCCAGCGCUGACAGGUCCCCGUGGGCCCAAACGGAAACUCUACAGUGCUGUCCCAGGACGUACCUUCAUCGUGGUCAAGCCUUACACGCCACAGGGGGAGGGAGAAAUCCAACUCAACCGUGGAGAGAGGGUCAAAGUGCUGAGUAUUGGAGAAGGAGGUUUCUGGGAGGGCACGGUCAAAGGAAGGACAGGAUGGUUUCCAGCAGACUGUGUGGAAGAAGUUCAGAUGAGGCAGUUUGACCCUCGGCUGGAGACUCGGGAAGACCGCACCAAGAGACUGUUCAGACACUACACUGUGGGAUCCUAUGACAACUUCACCUCAUACAGCGACUAUAUCAUAGAGGAGAAAAAUGCUGUUUUGCAGAAAAAAGAAAAUGAAGGAUUUGGCUUUGUUUUGCGAGGAGCCAAAGCUGAGACGCCCAUUGAAGAGUUCACUCCGACCCCAGCAUUCCCUGCCCUGCAGUACCUGGAGUCUGUGGAUGUGGAGGGGGUGGCCUGGAGGGCUGGUCUGAGGACAGGAGACUUCCUCAUUGAGGUAAAUGGGGUGAAUGUAGUGAAGGUGGGCCACAAGCAGGUGGUGUCCUUAAUCCGGCAAGGGGGCAACAGGCUGCUGAUGAAGGUGGUGUCUGUCACACGCAAACCCGAGUCUGAAGAAGUCAUUCGUAAAAAAGCUCCCCCUCCACCUAAAAGAGCUCCUAGCACCACCCUGACACUGCGCUCCAAGUCCAUGACCGCUGAGCUCGAGGAACUGGAGAGACUAGACGAGAUGUUGGCAUCCCAAGAGUCUAUGUUACGUUCUCAGCCCUUGGAGGCAGAUUACAGAGCAGCCACUGUCAAACAACGGCCUACCAGCAGGAGAAUAACACCAGCAGAGAUCAGUUCACUGUUUGAGAGGCAGGGGAUGACUCUACAUGGAGGUCUUCACCCGGGCAUGGAGAGAGGUCACAUACCACUACCAAAGGGGAUGUCCAGGACCAAGUCUUUUGGUGCCACUGAGGAGGAUCGACUGUCUGCCCUGGCAGGCGAGCACCGAUUUCCCCGUAGUUCCUCUAUGACAGACAGCCUCCGAGACCACUCGCAACCCCAUCCCAUCCCGCCACCUCCACAGACAGCACCUCCUCCUCCUCCUUACUACAUAGACACUGGUCCUCCCCCAGCCUUUUGCCCCCCUCCUCCCCCAUCUAGGACUCAAAGUCAGGGCCAUGAGCCUGGAGGACGCUCCAGCUUCAAGCCCACCUCCUUGGACCUGCCUUACGAGGCUGCUCAGCGGCAGGCCACACACUUAGAGAGACAGAAAAAAGCCCGCUCCAUGAUCAUCCUCCAGGACUCUUCCCAUCUACCCGUAGAACCUACAGAAAUCCCCCGACCCUCUGUUGCUACUCCACCUGAGCGCAUCAAAAGGAAGGGUCGGGUUAUUGACAACCCUUAUGCUAAUGUGGGUCAAUUUAGUAUUGGACUGUACACACCUACCAAGCCCCAGAGGAAGAAAAGUCCCCUGGUAAAACAACUACAGGUGGAAGAUGCACAAGAAAAAGCUAGUUUGGCCUUAGCUGCUGCCCACUCCAGAGACAGCUCACCCUCAGGACGACACCAAUAUACCCAUGGGCAUACACACACCAGCCGUGCAGACUACUACCAGCAGCAGCUGAUGGCAGAGCGAGAACGUUUGCGUGCCCAGGGAGAGAUGAUGUUUCAGGGUAAGGGCCCCUUUGCUGCAGCAAUUGCUGGAGCAGUAAAAGAUCGUGAGCGCCGCCUAGAAGAACGGAGGAAAUCCACAGUCUUCCUUUCUGUUGGUACCAUGGAGGGGGCAUCUUCCACCAGCUGCGAUGCCCCCUCUCUGACUCAGUCUCACUCCAUUGAUGAGCGAUUGCUCACCAGAGAGCUGGGUCACCUGCCUCCGCCUGCCUUGGCCCUGAGCCCCUCACCUAGUGGGACCACUUUCAUUCAUCCGCUCACAGGAAAACCCCUCGACCCAAACUCACCACUUGCUCUUGCGCUGGCCGCAAGGGAGAGGGCACUGACCCAGUCCCCAACUAGCAGCCCAGAGCCUAGGACUAAACAGGAGCGGGUAGGCCAGGGCAUAAUAUUCAUUGACGCUCAGACCAAAGAGUCUCCACAUGAAGGGGCACCUACAUCUCCCCCUUUCUCUCCCAAAAACACCAAGGCAGCAGGGUAUGGAGUUGGAGCCUCCCCAGCAUCCAUUUUAGUUCACCAGCCUACUAAGCAGUGGGCCCCCUCACAGUCACCUGUAUCGUUUCGGCAGGAGAUGGAGGCCAGAGUAGAGGAGAGAAAGGAGGAGAAAAGACUAGAGGAUAAAAAAAGUAUGUUGAUCAGUAUUAUGGAUACAUCGCAGCAAAAGACAGCAGGACUCAUUAUGGUUCAUGCCACCAGUAAUGGCCAGGCUGUUGGGGUAGGCUCAGAAAUAGAACAGACCCCUGCCCCUGCUUCAAUUGAGCCCAGCAAAUCUCCAAGUCCACGGGCUAAAUCUCCCAGUCCCACAGCCUCCCAGCCCAAGCUCCUGCCUCAAACUCAGCAUCCUGCAAGUCCUGCCCAAGACAAGAGUCUGGUUCAGGGAAGCUCCGAGGAAGAUGUGGAUCCGUACACAGUGACACUGCCUCCUGUAAUUUUGUCCUCAAGUGAUGAGGAAACAAGAGAGGAGCUACGGAAGAUUGGAGUCGUUCCACCACCAGAUGAGUUUGCUAAUGGGCUACUGGCACGGGCAAAGGAGACUCCAGUGUCCCCAGCUAAACCUGCCACCCCUCCCACAGCCCCUGCAAUACCAACAUCCCAAACUCCCUCUACCCCAACAACCCCGACUGUGACCCCCACCCAGCAUCAGGCUCCCAAGCCCCCACCACCACCCAGUGCAGCAGCUGUCUCAGGGAAGACCUUUUACCCUCGGGAGCCCCCACCGGUGGGCGAGUCUGGCUCUGCGGCCGACUCAGGCGUGGAGGAGGCUGACACGCGCAGCUCAAGUGACAGAGAGCGAGACCACCAUCUCGAGACCACCAGCACCGUCUCCACAGUUUCCAGCAUGUCCACGUUGUCCUCAGAAAGCGGCGAGCCUGCCGACACUCACACCACCCAUACCUCCUAUGCUGAAGGACAGACUUUUGUGCUCGACAAGCCGCCAGUGCCUCCUAAGCCUCGACUUAAGUCCCAGAUAGGUGGCAGUAAAGGCCCUGUCACCUUCAGGGACCCUCUGCUGAAGCAGAGCUCUGACAGUGAGCUGCUGUCACAGCAACAGGCUGCUGCCUUGGCUGCUGCCGCGGCAGGAGGAGCUGGGCUCCCCUUAGGUGGUUCAGCCUCAGUGACUGGACUAGGUCCCACCAAGCCGCGCUACCUCUUCCAGCGGAGGUCCAAGCUAUGGGGAGACCCAGUGGAACCCCGUGGGCCAGGAGUGGGGCUAGGUAUUGGGAGUUUGGGUAAUCUUGGUGGGCUCGGACUGGGGCUGGGUGCAGAUGAGGGAGCAAAACCAUCUGUUAUAGGGGAGCUCAGUUCACGACUCCAGCAGCUAAAUAAAGACACUAGAUCACUAGGAGAGGAACCACUGGGCGCAUCACUUGACCCAGGGAGGAAGUCACCUGUCGCAGGUGCCAGACUUUUCAGCAGCCUAGGCGAGCUCCACACCAUUUCUCAACGAAGUUAUGGCACCACAUUCGCCAUCCGCCCUGGAAGCCGUUAUCCCGUCACCCGACGCACCCUCAGCCCAGGUUCAGGCUCGCCUGAUCGGGGCGACCCCCUUGGAAGAUUUUCAGGCUACGGCCUGCCUCCCUCACCAACAACACCACCGCAAACCAUCCUCAAAUCCUCCAGCCUCAGCCUGCCCCAGGAGCCUAAAGAGGUCCGCUUUGUCAUGAGGAGCUCCAGCGCCCGUGCCCGCUCUCGCUCCCCUUCCCCCUCACCCUCCCAUUCACCAGGGCUGGGUUCACCACUUUUAGCCCUGCGGCCCUUCCACCAAAAACCCCUUCACCUCUGGAACAAGUACGACGUCGGAGACUGGUUGGAUAGCAUCAACCUGGGUGAGCACAGAGCAGGGUUUCAGGAACAUGAGAUCGAAGGCUCUCAUCUUCCAGCUCUGACCAAGGACGACUUUGCAGAACUGGGAGUGACACGAGUUGGACAUCGCAUGAACAUUGAACGAGCACUGAAACUGCUUCUGGAGAGUUGACCCCUGCCUGGGGACAGAGCAACAGUUGGAGAGGAAGAUUCGGAUUGAACUGGGAAGAUACAGAGCUAUUGAAAGGACAGAAAAGAGAACAGAUAAUUAACGCUCCUCUUUUACUCUGGCUGCUUUUAUUUUCUUCAUCACUAAUGUUUACUUAUGGUCCUUAGUGACACUUUUCCUUCCCAUCCUGCAUAAAUACCCUGCACCUGGCACUGCACUGAAGACGAGGAGUCAACGCUCUACUCGGCCCUUUGUAUCUGCCCAACUCCUCGCCCACAUCAGAUCAGACUUCAAAAUGGGCUCUGGUGUUUCUUUACCGAGCAGAAUUACAUGAGCUCCAAUUUAAAAUUUGAUUAGUGAAAGCUUCAGUUGGUCCCUGACUAACACCCACACGUUCACUGUUCCCUCCUCUCCUUCUCUACCUCUGUCCCGCCAUCCACCAGGCCUUUGAAGGCCUUCGAAGUUUGAGUAAAGGAGGAGGAGGAGGAAGAGAUUUUGUUCCAAACACAGAUCUCAGUUGCCUUUCAAAUAAUUUCUACAGAGAUCAACAGUGAUGAACACGCGACUAAGGACGUAGUGUUGACACAGCUCUGACGAGGUGUGUCGUCUCUAUAACCUGCUGUUGUUUUUAAACCGAAGACUUUCGAGCCCAGAGGUGGAGCUCCACCAAGUAAACCACGGGAGAAAACCCCUCCGCCUUGGUACCCAGACUGUGCUAUCUAUUAUAUUUGGAGAAUGUUUAACCAACACUCGUGGCUUUUUUCAUAAUCAAUUUUUUGGUUUUUCCAAAGGGAAUAUUAUAUAUAGGUAUUAUAUAAUAUGAUAUAUAUGUAUCUAAAUAUAGCUUUCAGAAGAAAAGACAAUGUCGCAAAGCGGAAAUGUAAUAAAUUAAUCUUCGCCUGUUUUUGGUUUUUAGUAUAGAGGGCAAAGAGAAAUCUUUAAAUUUAUUCCACCAAUAGUUUACUCAUUUCUACCAAUUAUAUACAUAUAUAUAAAUAUAUAUAUUUUAAAGAAAAAGUAUAUAGAUAUGGAAAUUAAAUUUUUUGUCAUAGAUAUACAAUUUUCCAUAUGGUCACCCUAUCUUGAACCGUAGCAUGACAAGUUGCAUCAUGGUGUUGAACAGAGAGUUUGUCGUUUGUUUUUAUUUUUCUUACAGUCUUCCUUCAUACUAAAGGGCAUCCCGUAAUGUGAGGCUGAGGCCGCACGUGACACCCAUCCCCACCGCCUCUUCUGCUUCAGAGCUCACCAGCGUCUCGGAUUUAUCCAACUGAUUAGACAGGGGGGGGGGGGGGGGUCGUCAUCUUAUGCCUGUUAAUCACUCAGAGAUGGAAGUUUGGGGCACUAGCAUGGAGGGGUUGUUGGCUGUUUUAUCAUCACUUCAAAUUCUUACCUGCAAGGACAUUUUAACACCACAGCAUUGUCAAAAACGUUAGACGGCUAGUGAAGAAAUUUCCAUCCUGCGACCCCUGAGGAUGCUUCUCAGACUGAGCUGCACGAGGUCUGAAAGCAGGUCAGGAAACGGAAACAUUGGGGUUUUUCUCAUCAAUUGCAGAGAGGAAAUGACUGCGGAUGUAGGGCAGACAUCUUGUAAAGAUUUAAUUUUCCUAGAUAAUGGAACCAGUUAAGUGUGUGAACCUGAAUAAAUUUGGCUUAAAUUUAUUAUUUCCCUUAAAAUCUAACCAACAAAAAAACUUGCCACACAAGGCCUCAAAUGACCUGGACGUACAGAAUCUGAAAAGAGACGACUGGAAAUGUGGCUCAUCAGGCCCUGGGGAUGGGAACUCUUCUGUAAGGUCUUAAAGAAAAUUCAGUAUUUUUACAACCUGUCAGUGUCUUGCUACAUCGCUGCUUCUCUGUAUCUCUGCAAUUUACUUAGUGAGUAAAAUAUUAUCAUUAACAGCAGCAGCCAGAACUUUUACCAUAAGACCCAGGUUGUAAAUAUAAAAAAAAAAAAAAAACAGGAACAAAAACUGAAUUUUCCUUUAACAAUAUAAAAUCUAUAAUUGUACUCAUGAGUAGCUUCUGCUGGCAGUGAGAAACAGUGAGUUUUAUUCACGACAACAACAAAGCAUUUUAUCCAUUUCCUCUAUUACCACAAAACCACCUCCAUACAGCAGCAGGACGCCACGGCACUCCUUCCUGGCGGUGAGUUGUGUACAUUUAUCUUUUCUCUUCUUUUGAACAGUUUGUAAAAGCAGGUUGUGAAUAUAACGUGGUAUCUGGGUUGUAGGAAUAGCACUCACUGCCUCACUGUGACCUCACUGAUUAUUUUAAUUUCUGACUCCAGUGUUUUUGUCCUCAAACUCAUUUGGACUUGUUUUUGUUAAGGGUUGUUUGAUUAUUAUUUUUUUGUGUGUGUGUUGAUUUGUUACCCUCAGACACUGGGGGGGUUGAUUUUGUAGCGUGUGAAACAUGAUACUUAAAUUUCUUCACUCAUUUGAAUUUUAGAGUGACGGAAAAAGAAAAAACUGAUAUCCUGUCCAUUCUAAACAUACUGACACUUGUAAAAAUGAACAAACUACAAAUGUUUCUUCUUUUUUUUUUAAAGAUCACAAGCAAUGUAUAUACGAUAGAUUUCAUAUAAAUUUUUGAAAAACAAAAAGUAUAUAGAUCUAUAUAUGAAUGUUUGGCAUAUAUGCAUAGUUAAUCACCUCUGGAAAAGGUGAGCAGAUUUUAUUCUUUCUAUGAACUCUUGAACUUUUGAACUCUGAACUAUGAACUAGGGGAUGAUUUGCACAAAACAAGGUGACAAGGUGCUAACAUUAAAAGCCACCCCAUCGUUCAAGCGCAUGCGUGCAUCUGGAUUCCCUGAAUCUCUGUGUGUGUGUGCGGUCGCUCCUCCUCAGCGUGUUUACAGCUGUGUGAAUGUGUGCAGAUGCAUGUUUCCAUUUUGUGUGUGUGUGAGAGUGUCGAUGAGGAUACACAUGACAGUGAGAGAGUGUGUGGUUGAUUACUAGGGUUCACAUCACUGAAGUUAGUCCACUAUAGCCUUACUGUGAUACGAUCAGAGAUUCCCGGCAGUGGCUGUGUCACACAAACACGCACACAGACAAUAGGUACACACAUAUACAGAACAAUGCACACACUCACCUUCGACUCCAGACCGAACAUAAUUGUUUUCAUGUUUCGUUCUGAGCGGCAUCUUCAGACGUGGACUGUCCUGCCCCAGAGGAAGGGAGGGGCAGAAAGAGGGAGCGCGAUCACCCAGGGGAUACUGAAUGAAACCAAACCAUUGUUAACAUUUUCUUACUGUAACUCACCUUGGAAGUGUGUAGCUGAAGUCUGUGCACAGUCACUGUUUUGUACGCCCAUUCCCAGAUGGCAUUUGCGCUCCUUACCCUCCACUCUGUCUGGCAGCACUCCUUUUUCCUUUUUCAGACAUUGGGUUUCUGAGUUUUUUUGGGUUAUGCUAUAUGAGGUGACCCAGUGAGGAGGAAACGACACAAAGAAAAAAAAUGUGCCAAAAAAUAAACUUUUAACUGUAUAUUUGUCUUUGCUUUAGGACUAUCUUAGUUACAGCAUUCUUGAGCUGUUAGACUCAAUAAUAUGGUGCCAUCUCCUGGAAAUCUUGAGAACUACAGACAUUUGUGAGAUCCUUCAGUAUUUCCGACAGGUGGAAAUACAGUCAUUGUUAUUCUUUUCUGAAGAUACAGGAUAUAUGUGUAUAUGAUAAAUGUAUAUAUACACAUGUAUCCUGUGUGUAUCUUACCUGUGAGCUUUGCAACAACAUGGUUUCUAUUUAACAUUGAGACAAAGUAUCAAAACUGCUUGAUUUUACUGUGAUGAUGAAGGUUAUUAUCCGGCUUGACUUACUGUUCCCCUAUAAAUACAAAGAGAUGACAUGUGCAGUCUGGACUCACACAGGCUGAUGUGCUGAGGAGCCACAAUGCUGUAGUGAAUACCUGGUUGGGUUGUUGUGUAAGUUUACCAAAUUAACAGAUGCAAAAUGAGCAGCGUGUAACAGAUUUACACGUCAUUAGGUCAAAUAAGUUCAACGAGGGGGUUUAUCUUUGUCUUAUUUUCUAAUCAACAAAGCACAAUCUACAUAGUGUAGGGGGAGCAGUUUUUAAAAACCCACUGGGCUCCGGUCACUCACCGGAACCAGUGAUCUAAUCAUGAAAGGGUUUUUUUCUUUCAUUGUUGGUUUUCUCCUUGUUUGCACUGUGAAGUUUAGAAUGGUGGACGUAUCGCUGCAACACCUCAGCCUUGUCUCACAGGGGUCACGUCCCCUUCUCGGCAUCUGACGAGCAGGAAAAUCAUCAAACUAUUCUCCAAGCGAGUGACGCAUUACUGAUACGAUUUCAAUACGCAAAAAACUUGAAAGUUGAACCGAGAGCACGCAAGAAGCUACCUAGUAAUACUCCGAGAAAGGGUGACAGUGAAGUCUGAGGCAAGAUCUGAGAUGUUGCCCAGGAUAUCUCCAUCACAGAGAUAUAUGUUUGUUAUAUUAUGUAAUAAAUUUAUAAUUAAAACAUGA